CCCAAGCAGUCGGGGUGGGCCACGGCAGGGCGUCAUCAUUGCCCUCAUAGUUGGUACGGCCAUUCGGCGCCUGACAAGCAAAACUGACCGCUGUUGAACUCCAUCGCCCUCCGACGUUCUUUUCCCUCGAUCUGCGGCUUCGUGAGGGACUCGUCUCAGAACCUCAAAAAGGUGGGACGGCUCUACAACAGAAUCUAUUCAGCAGGCAUCGAUGUCGAACAGUUCCUAUGACUCGACCCAAAGUCAGCCGCACAGAGCCGACGUCAACUAUCUGCGCCACAUUUUCGACAAUGUCGACAAAGACAGAAGUGGUCGCGUAGACGCCGUCGAGCUGCAGCAAUGCCUGUCCAACGGCAGCUGGAAGCCCUUCAACCCCGAAACGGUGCGCAUGAUGAUAAGCAUCUUCGACCGCAGCCGUGUGGGCACGGUGAGCUUCGACGAGUUCGUGUCUCUGUGGAAGUACAUCGACGCCUGGCUCCGUUGCUUCAAAGACUUCGACAAGGACUGCUCGGGCUCCAUCGACAGGAAUGAACUUCGCGACGCGCUCACCAGCUUCGGCUACCGUCUGAGCGGAGAAGCAGUGGAUCUUUUGCUUAGGAAGUACGACCGCGAGAGGAAAGGAUCCAUUAACUUUGAUGACUACAUCCUGUGUUGCAUUAGUCUGCAGACAAUCACGAACGCCUUCAAGAGCUACGACACCGAUCGAGACGGUUUUAUCACGAUAAGCUAUGAAGAUUUCUUGAAGCUUGGCCUUAGCGUUUUGGUGUCAUGAACUUGAAUCGAUCUUGUUCAUUGAGCUUUGCUCCAAAUUCUCACCUGAUCUGUGACGAUAAGUCGUUUUUCCCAUAGAUUUUGUUGCCAUACAAGAUUUGGUCACAUAAUCGUAUAAAAAGCUAACCUACCGGCUGCCAUUUAUUAAUCUGCCGCCCAGCGAUACCACAAUUUUUUAUUCCACCUCAAAUAGUACUUCUAAGAGGACUUAACCUAGAAGACGUCAUAAUUAAUUUCCUAAUAGUACUUCAGCUUAGAGCUGCAUAGUACACCUGUCCUUAAUAUUAACAUUUGGAGGGCUCCAAACUAAAUCAUUGUGCAAAAUGACUUCCUUUGCAUUCAUCAUUGGUCAGUCAUUCCAAGUCAUUGGCCAUUAGCAAUUUAAUACUCUCGUUCAGCAGCUUUCUAUCUCUUUUUAAAUUAUAUUAAAGCGAACCUUCAUUUUUCUACCCUUCCUGGGUUGACGUAA